AGCUCGCCAUGUUCUACUGUAUUGGGUGCUUACUUGGUCCAUAUUCCUAAACAAAUUUCUUCAGAACAGUGUCUUCGCAAUCUCACGCAACAGGCAUAACGUAUCCCGUGGUCGACACCGAGACGCAGAUAAGCCUUUCCAGUGGAUGAGCUCAGUAUUGACCAUUAUCUCUCCGGAUGGCAUGCUUGCGGCACCUGCGGCCCUCGUCCACGUUCAGUGCACACAUAACUUCGGGCGAGUGCCCGAUGUUGUUUCUUGUGCAUAAAAGGGACAAGACAAACUCCGUACAUCUUCGGUACUACAACAUUUCCCAUGGCACCCUCAGUCGCAGAAACUGUCACUCAGACGCUCGAGGAGCCCACGAAGGGCAUCGCGAAGCUUAACUUGAAUACUGAGGAGACACCAAAGAACCGUGAAGACAAGGGUCCCUCUUAUCCAUUUUAUUACCCUUACUUUGACGUCGAUGAGAAAUUCCCUCCGACGGAAAUCUUCGAGUUCAGCGACCCUGGACUUCGUGCUGACCCCGCAAAGCCGAACUUGUUGACGGCAGGCGUCACGACGAAACACCUCAGCCCGUACCUCGGCACGGAGGUGAAAGGCACUCAGAUCUCAAAACUCAGCAAGGAAGGCCUCGACGAGCUCGCAUUGUUCGUGGCGGAGCGCAAGGUUGUAUUGUUCAGGGACCAAGAUUUCAAGGACCUUACUCCAGAGCGUCAAAUCGAGAUUGCUCGUCAUUUCGGACCAAUCCAGAGGCAUCCGACAUCUGGGAACGUGAAAGGAUACCCUGAAUUCCAUGUUGUCUACCGCGAUGCCACCCACAACUACUUCAAGGAUGCUAGUGGCAAUCGCGCCAAUUACACUGGCUGGCAUUCCGAUGUCUCCUACGAGAAGCAAACACCUGGUACCACUUUCUUCUUCGUCCUCGACCAGCCUGAACUUGGGGGAGACACAUUGUUUUCAAGUCAAGUCGAGGCUUACAAUCGUUUGUCCCCGGAAUUCAAGAAACGUCUGGAAGGGCUGAAAGCUGUUCACACCGCCGUCCCUCAGGCCGAGUAUUCAAUAAAGCGCAAUGGUCCCGUCCGUCGGGAGCCCAUUGAAACCGAGCAUCCUCUCGUUCGUCAGCACCCUGUCACUGGGGAGAAAGCCCUUUACGUGAACCAGGGCUUCACCAAGCACAUCGUCGGAUUCAAGGCCGAGGAAAGCGAAUAUCUGUUGAAGUUCCUGCUCGAUCAUAUAUCGAAGGGGGCAGAUUUCCACAUUCGUGCAACCUAUGAGCCCGGUACCGUUGUUGUCUGGGACAAUCGUGUGACCGUGCAUUCUGCGACGCCUGACUACGCAGACGAUGAGAGGCGGCACGCUGUGCGUCUCACCCCACAGGCCGAGGUUCCGAUUCCAGCAUGA